AUGACGAGAAAAGAAAGACUAAGUCACAAGGAAAGAGAAAAUAAGCAAAUGAAGAUCAUGAAAAAUCAAGCAUUGUUAAAUCAGCACCCGUCCUCACCACCCGUGGUCAACACUGCUCAUGGCAAAGUCCUGGGGAAAUAUGUCAGUUUAAAAGGAUUCGCACAGCCUGUGGCCGUCUUCCUGGGAGUCCCCUUUGCCAAGCCUCCUCUUCGAUCCCUGAGGUUUGCUCCACCUCAGCCUGCAGAGCCCUGGAGCUUCGUGAAGAAUGCUACCUCCUACCCUCCUAUGUGCUUCCAAGAUGCAGCUGGAGGACAGAUGCUCUCAGAACUUUUCACCAACAGAAAGGAGAACAUCCCUCUACAGUUUUCUGAAGACUGUCUCUACCUGAAUAUAUACACUCCUGCCAAUUUGACAAAGAACAGUCAGCUGCCAGUGAUGGUGUGGAUCCAUGGAGGUGGAUUGAUGAUAGGUGGGACAUCAAUGUAUGAUGGACUAGCUCUCUCUGCCCAUGAAGACGUGGUGGUGGUAACGAUUCAAUAUCGCCUAGGUGUUUGGGGAUUACUCAGCCCCAGAAUUCCCAGGUCUCCCAGGAACUGCAAUACCUUCGACGGGUCCUCUCCAUCAUCAUCAGGAAGGUUCGCAAUUGAAAGCAUCUGUAUGCCCUCGAGAACCUUUUUGUGUAACUUCCAACUGACUGCCCUGUUCAGUGUGGCGAUGACACUGGCUAAGCUGACUCAGGGGUUUUUGUCUCCUGUGCCUCCAGACUCAAAAGAGAAUGGGAGAUUAAGUGGCAAAGAGUGA